ACUCAUAUUCCUCUUUCACCUGCAGAUCCGAACUCGAGCCAUCUCUGCCAAAGCAAUGACCUUGGUGAGCCCGCUGCAGCUGCUUCUCUUUGCCUCCAAGAAAGUCCUGUCGGAUGGGGAGCUCGUUCUGGUAGAUGACUGGAUCAAGCUGAAGAUGCCCCACAAUGUGGCUGCCUGCAUCACCACUCUGCGUGCUGCGAUGGAGGCUCUCGUUGUGGAAGUGACUAAAGAUCCUGAGAUCAUUCAGCAGCUGGACCCAGCAAACGAGCGAAUGCUGAAUGCGAUCCGUCAGAUCUCCAGGCCGUCGGCCGCGGGCAUCAGUCUCCUGGCUGCCAAAGCAAGGUUCGGAGAUGGCCCUCGCCCCCCCAAAAUGGCUCGCUACGACAAUGGAGGUGGCCUCCGAGGCUGGGGAGGUUACUCGCACGGCUCUGGCUACAGAGGUAGAGGGUACGGUGGCUACAGCUAUGCCGGCAGGCGCUCGGGAGGAAGAGGAUGCCCAGGUAGCCCGGGGGGAGGCUAUCAUCGAGGAGGAGGGUAUCGAGGAGCAGGCGGUGGCUACAGAGGAGGCUAUGGGGAUCCGGGGAGGGGCGGCUGGUAG